AUGACGGCUCUUGAAACUGCAAAUGCAGGAGAUUUUAAUGAUGCUGUUAAAUGCAAUGUAUUAAAAAGUAAAAUAGGAGGUAAAUUUGCUCCAGUACCAGCUAAUGAUCCCUUUACUCAUGGUAAUCCUGCUAUUAAUACUCCAGCAACAUUACGGGGAUAUUUAAAUGCCAAAUAUCAAAGAGAAACAAUAGGUAGCCAACAAUCUGCAAUUCAAAGAUUGACUCAAGAAAGAUUUCAGUCUUAUGAUACUCCUGACUCCUAUGAAGCUAGAAUUCGACUACUAACAAUAGGUAUAGCGGACAAUGAUGAACAAGUUUUAGGUUUUCUUAAAAAUCAAUUACCAGGUGAACUUUAUACAUGGAUGAAAAUUGCUAAUCCAGCUGGCAUUAAUGCAUUUUUCACUGAAUUAAAAAAUAUGUGGCUAGAACGUGUUCCAAAUUUAAAUGAAGAUAUAAAUAAUCAAGUACAGUCAAAGAAAAAAUCAAUUGCAAAGCAACAAGAUGUUAAUAUAUCAUCACAGCCUUUAUCUCAAGAUAUUCAAAAAAUGUUUCAAGAUGCAUUAUUGCAACAAAAAACAGAAUUUCAAUCUGUAAUAGAAAAACGUGAUGCUGAACAUAAAGCUGAAUUAGAAAAGUUAGAAUCUAAAUUACAACGGAAAUCAGAAGUAGCUCGACCUAUAAGAGAACCUAAAGGUCCACCAUCAAAUUUAAAAACGGAUGAAGAUUAUCAAAACUAUUAUUUGAGUAAUUAUUUUAGAGAUUUAGGUCUUAUUGGAGAGAAUGAUCAUAAAACAUUUUAUCCAAAUGAACCAUUUCAAAGAUCUCGUGUAGAAAAAACAAACCAAUCUACCAGAAUGGAUAGAAUAGAAUCGAAAGUAGAUGAAAUUGGUCAAAUGACAUCUCAGUUCGGAAAAAUGGUACUUGAAAAUCAAGCCAGAAAACCUGUAGCCAAAUCAAAUAGAACACAACGAUAUUAUCCUUUUCAACCAAUAAAUUAUAGCUUUUCAGCUAAUGAAGAAAAUAGUGGAUAUAAUGAAGAAGAUAAUAUAUGGGGUGAGACCCCAUUGCUUCGCAAUAAACUUUUUCCAGAAUCAGAUGACCAAUUAUUUCAAUUAUUAUCUCCAGCAUUACGAGAAAUAAUUAUCAAUCCAUUAACAAAAAAUAAAUGGGUUGAAUCUCUUGAAUAUAUGCAAUGUAAAAUAGAAGAUAUAGAUAUUCCAGAUGCAUUUUCAGAUACUGCAUCUGAAUGUGUUCUUAUGAACAAAGCAUUAAAUAAUGCAUUAGGGUGGGAUCUUGGAAUUGCACCAAAUUUUAUUCUUACUCAUAAUUCAGAUCAUAAAACAAAAUUAAUUAGUGGUCAUAAGGAUGUACCAAUAUCAGUAAAACAUAAAAAUGGAUGGGUUACAAUAACGGUAAAUAUUGUAGUUAUUGAUGAUAAAGAAACAGAUUAUCUUCUUUGUUUAGGAAUGCCAUUUAUCCGAAAAGUUAAAGGAAUUACAGAUUCUGACAAACAUGAAUUCCGAAUGACAGUUCGUGGAAAAUCUUACAUUAUCCCAACUUUUAUUAAACCAAAUGAAGAUAUUAACGAGGAUCAGUCAAAGGCACUAAAAAAAAAUGCGUAA